CUUCUUUUCUACACAGAUACGGUGAUGCUGGAACUUUUGUUUGCAAUGCAGCACAAGCUGGUGUCUGCUGAAUUCAUUUAUUAAUAUGGCUGGUCCCUUGGUACCCAAGCAGCUUACUUCCUAUAUUUAUAGGUGACAUAAUUCUUCUGGCUGCAUAAAAAUCCAUUAUUGAUAAAGAAGCUAUGUGCUUAUGUACUAUUACAAAUGAGAGUUUUAAAUAGAAACCAAUUAGCAAGCUAAGUAGCCUGAAUAUAGUAUCCGUCUUUAAUCAUGAAGGUUUUUGAGGGUUUUGGCUGAUUUUUCUCCCCCCCCCCCCCCCCACAGCAUUACAUCCCCAGCAGUCUCCCAUCCCCUAAUUUCUUUCUUUAAAUCUUUUAUUCACUUGAACUUAAGUGAUAGGCUUUGUGUGCCCUACAUUUUCUUCUGCCUGGUUACACUGUUAUUCUGCCUUUCCUCCAAUGAACUCAAGAGGGGGUGCGUGGCUUUCCAUGUUUCUAGUUUGUCCUCACAACGAUCUAGUGAGGCAGGCUGAGACUGUGUAUGUGUUUGUGUGCGAAAGAGAGAGAGAGAAAGUGCCCCAAGAGUUAUCCAAAGUGCUGAAUCCUAUCCCCAAAAAGAGGAUUGGCACCUUGGAUGGGGCAUGAGAGGUUUGCAUUAGGGCCGCCAUAAGUUGGAAAUGAAAGCAUGCAAGAGACACAUAGUGCCUUCAGAAUUUGGACUAAAAUCCAGAGCAGAUUGACCACUCCACCAACAUGGACCACUGCAGCAGCAGGAGCCAUUUCGAAUAUAUGUCUUGAUGUGGGAUGGAGCAAUUUAGUAGAGGGAUAAAGUACCGUAGGCUUCUAAAGAAACACAUAAACUACUAUUUGUGUGUAGCAAAAAUUGCCACUGAUGACCUCAUUGGGGGGGGGGCAGAGAAAAAGAGGGAAACAGAUAAGUCUGUUUUUCCAGCUAUCCUUAGCAUGUUCAAACAAACAAAUAUGUAUCUAUAUGUUAAGCCACCAAACUGGAAAUCAUAAGAAAAAUAGAAAUGGGAGAAAGAAAAAGUCACCCCUGUAUGCAUCCUAAAUAAUCCUCCCUGAAUGCAAUUCCCAGGAUCCCCUAGACGUUGCCAUAGCUGUUAAAAUGAAAUCAAAGUAUGGAAAGGGCACAGGCUUACAGGAGGAAUGAAUGCUGCAUGUGUUUAGUUGCAGGCCCUUCAUUCAUGGAUUUGUGUAUUUAUUAAGUUUUUCUCUGGACAUAUUUCUGCCAUGAGUCACGAGUCACUUUCUGAUAUGUGUGCCAGCUCCUAUUUGGCUUUCUCCCCAUAUCUUUUCUUUUCUUCUUGAGCUGGAACAGUAAGCAAAUAGGUGGAGACCAGCAAGAAAGAACUUCACCAGCCUAGGUUCAAGUUGCAGAGUAAAGCACAGCAAAGCAAGUGAAGCCACAUCUAAGGUUGUGAUGUCGGGAGGGCAUUACUGCAGCGUCCUGGUGACAGGAGCCAACCGGGGCAUCGGUCUGGAAAUGGUGAAGCAGUUCCUGGGAUUGCCCAAGCCUCCCCAAAAGGUCUUUGCCACUUGCCGGGACCCCCAGGGAAGUAGCGCCCAGGCACUGAAAACGCUGGCUUCCAAACAUCCCAACCUGGUGAUUUUAAAGCUCGAGUCCACCGAUGAAGCAAGCAUCAAGGCUGCCGCAAAGGAAGCUGAGGCCCACUUGGCCGGAAACGGCCUGAAUCUACUGGUCAACAAUGCUGGAAUCAUGCCACCAAGCACCCUGGAGUCCGUGACCCAGGAAGACAUGCUGAGCGUGUAUCGUGUCAAUGUUCUUGGGCCAAUGAUGAUAACCAAGGCCUUUCUCCAUCUGCUGACGCUGGCUGCAAAGAAGAGCAGUGGGAAGGAACUGAGCUGCAGCAAGGCUGCUGUGAUUAACGUUUCCAGCAUUGGUGGAUCCAUUGGGAAUGCUCCCAGCAUGGACACGUUUCCAGUCGUUGCUUACCGCUGCAGCAAGGUAGCAUUAAAUAUGCUCACACGGUGCCAGGCACUGGAGUUCAACAAGAGGGGCAUUUUGUGUGUGGCGCUCCAUCCAGGCUGGGUGAAGACUGAUCUGGGGACAGACAAGGCGGAACUGACCACGGAAGACAGCGUGCGUGGCAUCCUUAGAGUCUUUUCUUGCCUCUCCGAGGAGCAAAACGGUCGCGUGGUGGAUUGGGAGGGAAGAAUUGUGCCCUGGUGAAAAACCAAUGAGUAGUACCAAACUAGCUAAAGCAAGCUUGCCUGGUAUAGCAUGACAAAUGUGUGGGGUUUUUUUCCUUUGAUGGCUUCUAUAUCAGUGGACGGGUGAUUCUCCUCUGGUUUUUAGUCCAAACUUUGUGUUCAUCUACACUUUUAAGUUAAGGAUAAAAUUCACUGCUCCACUAAGAAGGAAAUAAUCAGCUACUGCUAUAAACAUAAGAUAAAAGCAAAUU